UCCCGAGUAAGCAUUCACAUAGCUAGCAAUGGCAUUUCUUGCACAACUUUCUUUUCUAAAAGCUUCUUCCUGAAUUUUUAGACUUUUCCCACCAGAAUCUGAUGCAAUUUUUUUCUUCACUAUUUGCUUCCAUUUAUGCAGAACUCUAUAAAAGUGGGAUUCAUGGUUGAACACUUUAGUUGAAUUCUAUGGCUUCUUCUGGAUUUCCUGACAUAUUUUCAUGGAUUCAAAGCCUUCCUCCAAUCUCUCAAUGGCCACCAAAAAGUUCCAAUGUCUCCAUAUCCAUAUGUUCUUCUCCAAGUUCAUCUCAACCAUCCCUCAAACUCUCCAUAUCUAUGAACCCUCAAACCGCAACUCUCUCUUUCUCCAUAGUUGCAGAUUUCAAUCUCCCUAUCGCGCUUUGGACCUCAAAACACUUCAAAUUCAGCCCCAAUAACAUCAAGCCAAUAAAUCAAGAAACCAUUUCCAGUCUCCUAGUCAAUGUCAUUGAAGAUGUUCUUCACUAUGGCUCAAACAAGAAUAACUUCUUGAUCAAGUUUCUCAAGCUAGACUCCAUUGCCAACUUGGAAGAAGUCUUCAACCUCUCAUUUCUCGCUCUUCUGUGCCUCGUUUGCAUCUACGAAGCCCCUGCAGGCCUUCGCUCCGGAUGUCUCAACAUUCUCAAGAAUUACUUGGCAGAUUGCUGGUCAGGACAGGCUUCGAAGUCGCUGAUGAAGCUUUUAGGAUCAAAUUUGGAAGAGGAAUGGAUGCGGUCCAUGAACCUUGCGAUUACCAAUUGGAUUGUGGAGCUCCAAGCAGAACAGAGAACCCUUAAAACACCAUCACCACUUUUCUCUUACGCAAUUUCGACGUUUGGGUUGUUGAAAGUGCAGUUGUAUUGUCCUGUCAUAGCCAUGGACAUUGAAAAAUCUAGCAGCCCUUCUUGUGGUGAUGAGAGACUGCAGUUCUCUCUGAAUUACCACCAGCUUGAGGGUGUUCUUCAGUUCAAUUACAAAGUCAUAGUCAAAGAGAGGUGGAUUGAUGUGAUGCUAAACGUUGACAACAUAAGGUGUGAUAUUGUUAGGCUUGUGAAUGAGACUCUAAUGAAUGAACAAGGCGCCGGGACAGGUGAAAAGCAUUUCCCAUCAAGAAUUUCAUUACAAAUUACUCCAACUCGACAAACCAAUGUGGUGAGUGUUUCAGUGAGCAAGUCUUCCGAGAACCCUACAAGAGAGAUUGGCAAAGAAAAGGGCAUAGAGGGUUCAUUUGAACCCCCAAACCCUUACUUGGCGUUCAAGGUAUCGGCUGGGGAGACCAUAACAAUGAGCUUGAAGCCAUGGAAGUUCGAGGAAUCUGUGUACGGAUAUAGUGCAAACUUGAAUUGGUUUCUCCAUGAUGGUGUGGAUGGUAGGGAGGUCUUCUCUUCCAAGCCAUCAAAGUUUCAGCUGAUUAACCCCAAGGCUUGGUUCAAAGACAGGUACUCUAGUGCUUAUAGGCCUUUCACUAGGCAAGGAGGAGUCAUUUUUGCUGGUGAUGAGUAUGGAGAGGGUGUGAUGUGGAAGGUAGACAAAGCUGCCCUUGGAAAGACUAUGGAAUGGGAAAUUAAAGGGUGGAUUUGGUUAACUUAUUGGCCUAACAAACAUAAAACAUUUUAUACUGAGACCAGGAGGCUGGAAUUUAGAGAAAUCCUCAAACUUACAAUUGCUUAGAAAAUCUUUGGGGGUCAUAAAUAAUUUAAGAAACUCACUUAGAAGUGGUUUCUUACUUAGAACUUGUUUCUUAUAUCCUAUUUAGUGCGUAUUGCUCAAAAUAAUUAUUUUUUAUGUGAUUCAUGACUUGUAAUUCUAAUGAUAACAAGUUGACUCCACACAAUCUAUUAGAGCACGUGAGCUCAAAGCAGCUCUUCCGAUUGUUUUUUU